AACACUAAAGGGCACCGUAUAAGCUAUCUCAGGGAAUUAAAUAUUUCUCAUAAAAAAGUAGUUUUGAAAAUUUCUUCGUCAGCUGAGAACUUCAUUUGGUUGAAAACGCAUUGAACGAAGAUAGUUUGAAGUGGAAAAAGGAGAGCAGAGCGCGCUAAACAUAUUUUUUUCUCGUGCACCAUGCGGUGUAGAACGCACGGGGCGGGGCUAGUCCUUCUACUCGUAUUACAGACAUGUCGGGCAGGAAUCCUGUACUCCGGGCCACCGGGACAACCGAACAUGGACAGUUAUAAUGACGACGACUGGGAACCUGUCUACCGGAUAUACGAGGGACAGGACUGGGACUCGCAUGAUGACUACACGAGCCAGGAGCGCAGUGCACGAGACGGCGACAAGGACGACAGCCAGUUCCGCUCAUGGAAGCUGGACCAGUGGCAUCACGAGAAAAUCCAUAAGGUCCGAGUGGAACUGUACGACGACGGACAGGAAGUUGCAGAGUUCGAGUUCGAGGGAACAGGACAAAAUCUGACGGGCUUUUUCGGUCAACAGACGCUUCGCCGCAGCACAUACGACGACAUACCAGACGGGCUGAGCGGCCGACCCUUCCCUGGGGAUGACUUCAGUUUUGAUGGUGAUGACGACUCCCGCCACUGGACCGUGAGCUCGAGCCACCGCGGGGACUGCCGUAACGACGAUGGGUGGAUCCAGGUAGUGGACAAGCCACGUCCCGGCAAGGACAGGUGUGUGUGCGGCUACGAGAAUGUGAGGAAAUAUCCAACUAUUAUGUACGCCAAGGGCAACCGGAAGGCGCGAUGGAGCGACCCAACGAGGGUAGGUCACGCAGACAUGAUGCAGGUAUCAAUCAGUCACAAGCCAUACGCUCCUCGCCCCGUCCCCCAGCCACAGAUGCCCGCCCCUGCCCCGCAGCCAGCUUACCCACCUCAACAAUACCCGCCACAGCAAUACCCGCCCCAGAGUCAACCCACACAUUAUCGGCCACAGUUUGCUUUUGAGACAAAGAAAUAAACUCUAAGUGUGUAUUAUGAAGUGUUACACUCCACAAAUUAAGCUAACUAAAAGCUAUAAAAAAAGACAAAACUAUUGUUUUAGUGUUAAUAUUUGUACGGAUGAGCUUGUCAAGUGCUUGUAAUGUUUUUCAUAAGCUGUUUGCCAUCCUCCAGCCCAUUCUUAUAUUACAUAUUUUUAAGUAUGACCUUGCAUACUUUGUAUGUUUCUUUUAAUAGUACAAUAUAUAAACAACCAAGAUGCCUGUAUGUAAGACAAGCAUCAUGCAGCCAUUUUGAAUAAUUGACCGUUUAACUCUCGUCAUGUCAUUAACAUGUUUUGUAUGUGAAUGUGUAUUUUUAUUGACCUUAUGUUUUUGAAAAAGAAUAAAUAUUUAUAACACAA